AUUUCUAUGCACAGUUGGCAACAGUAAAGAAUUUUAGCAGAAGGUAAUUUGAAAGUGUUUCGUUGAUAUUUUUAGGAUGCAGAUGUUUUCCCCCUUGGUCUUUUUUAUGAAUUUUUCUGAAAGUUAUAUUUACACUUUGUUCCAAGCUUCGUAUCGAAGCAUGAGUAAAAAAAAAAAGAGGACCAACGUGAUGGCAGAACUACACGAAGCUGAAUCUAUUUACAGAUCUUUACUCUUGCAUCGAGAGAAUCCUUGUAUCUCCGGUGCGGAUAGUACAAUUCGACUAAGGCACACUUUAGCAAAGGACGGUUGUAAAGAAUCUCAAAUUACGUUGGCUAAGUAUUUAUUGACUGUAGUAUCUAACUGUCCUGCGGAACGAGACUUCAAUGCUCAAUCAGCAAUUUAUUGGCUGCUCCAAGCUGUCAAAACUGGGCAAGAAGAAGCUUUCUUACUCUUAGAAGAGUGCUUUAAAACUGGCGUUGGUAUAAAUGCUGUGAACUGUUCUGAAAUUGAAAAGUGCCUUAGGUUUAGCAAAGAAGAAAAAUUUGCUCGAAAAAUCGCAUUUUCUAUAUACCGUGCUAUAAUGAGCGAUACCGAGGAAUUGAUUCCAUCAGACAUUUUCGGUGAUAAAAUUGAACUAAUCUUUCAAAGAAAAAACCCCGAAAACUUAUGCGAUGAAUCUAAAGACAAUUCAUCUCAAAUGAUUUCUGAAACAUUAUGCCAAACGAAAAUUGAGGAAAGUUCUCAGGAUCAAAAGUGUGUUUCUUUCAGUGAAGUUGUGAGUUCUGUCCAGACCUGUUUAGAGGGUAAUGUUCCUCUGGUGUCUCUGAAACAAGUGAUAAAUUAUUCAGAGUAUAAAAGUUGGCUGUCCACAAAAUAUCUUCAUAUUGUUUGGGAUUUGAUUAUGAAAUCUCUGGAAAAUUUAAUUUUCAAUCUUUCUUCUUUACGAUUAUCAGCUUUGAUUAUUUUGAUGAUUAUACUGUCAUUUUUCUCUGUUUUUCUGGUGCCAGGUAAUAUUGUGUGUCAGGAGAUUCACAUUUGGUUGAAAUCAUCUUUGUGUCUGGUGAUUAUGUUGUCUUGUACUUGCUUUGUUAUAAAUAUUAAUUUCGGUGGAAAUAAUUUAAAAAGAUGGCUACAUCUGAUAAAGUAUUUUGAGCCAAACAUCAAGUCUCAAGAAAUUAGGGAAAAAUAUUCUUUGAAAACUACCUAUCCUUUGCUUACUUUCUUUUUUGCUUCAUUUUUUUACAUUGCUUUCUUACCUAGUAAUCCAAUUUCUGCUACAUUCACAGACAUUGGGUUUUUAUGUUUUUUUCUUAUGGUUCUAAUGGACCGUACUAUAGAUCAAAAAAGAUAUUAUGUUAAUAUAUCUUUAAUUUUAAAUGUUCUGACUUGUUUAUAUAAAGCUAACAUCAUCCAAAGUUCAUUCAACAACAUUGGCUCCUAUCUUAAUUUUCAAUUUGAUUAUACAAUAGCAAAUAAUCUCUAUUUACAUAUUAGUUUUAUUUCUUGCUUAGCCUUACCUUUUGUUUUACCAUACUUAUAUUUUAAAAUGGGAAAGGAAAGUAGGUCAGUCUUACUGCCUCAUUUAAUGUCUCUUACGUGGAUGAAUUUGGCAUGUAUCCAUCUUUCAAACACUAUGUCUUCUCAACAGAUUUUUAGUGUUUUUUCUUGGCUUGCUAUCUUACUUUUGUCAAAUUACACUGGCUUUUUAUUUACUUUGAUUUUAUACUGUUUUCUAAUUAUUUUUAGAACUCAAGAUUAUUUUAAAGUUGAAUUAUUUAUUUUUGGCUUGAUAUUUGUAUUUAUGUAUUUCUUAAGCUUUAUAAUCAUCAAAAAGCUCAAAAUUUCACAUGAGAGUAAAAUAUGGUCCUUUAUUGUUUGUUCUGUUAUUUUGGCCUCCUCUUUUCAGGCUUUAAGGCCUCAGACUCCAAAUGUGGGCACUAUUGAUACAGCUAUACCAUGGGAAAAAUAUCAAUCCUAUUGUCAUCAUAAUGCUUGGUAUAGAACUAAUACAGCUGAAGUUCAGAUAUCUUGCUUGCCUUUAAAAGGAAGAGAUGUAACUUUAGAAGGAACUGUUACUUCUAUAGAUUUGAUUGAAGUUCAUAAUAACUUGCAAAUAUUUGCAAAUAUAUUACCAGAGCCUUUGCAUAGCUGGUUUGUUUGUGCCCUGGGAGAGAAUUAUGUGCUCUGCAAUUCAAGCGAAAAAACAUCAUUACAAGGCGAACAUUGUAAAAUGUAUAAAUCUUUAAAUGUAAGUCAGUGUCAUUUGCACAAUUUGGAUACUUAUUUGUAUCAAAUCACUGUAGAAAUAUCAUCAAGAACUUCUCCUGAAGUUUUCCUCAUUACUGAUCAUGCAUGCACACCUUUUGUAAAAACUUUGAAAGAAGGUGAUGCUCUUGAAGUGGUUGGAAGAUUAGAUUUUAAUGUUGGUGGUACUAAACCAGUUCUGACAUUAAAAAAAGCACGUUGUACAAGUUGUUAUACAAAUCGAGACUGCAACAUCUCUUCCAUGCAACCUGUGCCUUCACAUUUAAAAUUCUCAUGGAAAAAUCUUGUUUGGUUUUACUUUGCCCCAUUAAUCAGAUAUAAUACAGAUUAAAGUUUUUUGUUUACAUUUAUAAAUCACUUUUACCAGUUUUUAAUUUAGGUUUGCGUGAUUAUAUUAUUUUAUGUUGUUUGCUGUGGAUGUUUUUUAAUCAUAUUUUGUAUUUAACAUUUUAUAUGAUUUUAUGCUAUUAGUUUACUGAAGUUCAUUAAUAACUUCUAAUAGUAUACUUGCUUUUUAAAUUUAAUCUUUUUUGCUUUUAAUAUAGUAUUAUUCCAUUUUAUUCAUCUUGAAAUAGUUUUAGAUGUGAUUAAAAUAUUAUAUCUUAGUCUUAAAACUACUAAAAAUGAUUUUGAUUUAAAUCUUAUUCAAACCUAAAAUAUUCCAUGUAUCAUGCGUAGCAGUGGAUGCAAACUACAAGCACACAUGAAUACUUGUUAUCAUUUAUUACAACUAAGCAUACAGAAAUACUUGUUAUUAUAAAAGAAGUUUAAAUAUAGAAGAAAAAUAUAUCAUUUUACUGCAUAAGGACUUACAGAUUUAACAAUAUAUCAUUUUGUUAUUUCAUUUGAAUAAUUUUUAUUAUAAAAAAAGUGUUUGUUUUUUAAAAGUUGUUGCUUAGUUUAAAGUGAAAAAUACGUAUAUAUUUGUUUCAAAGUGAAUUAUUUUUGUUAAUAUUUAAUUAAAAAAAAUAAUUUGCUUUUAUUAUAACAAAGGUUAUUUUAAAAAAAACAACUCAUUUUAUUACUUUUUGUUUUUAAUUUCAGCCCCAGAUUUUUGUAUAUUUUUUAUUCAGUAAAAUGUUUAUCUUGUUAUUCUGUUAAUAAAAUAAAAACAUUUGCUUUGGCAUUCAAAAACUUAGUGUUAAAAUGUAUUAUCCAUUUUUAUCUUUUCUUAUUUGUUUUAGAGUAAUGUGUUUUGAAUCUAUUAAAUUGAUCAGAGUUGAGAAAAUCAAAUGGCAUCAAAUUCAUAAUUUUUUUUAAAAAAAACUUUUUAUCUCUGCUAGUGUUCUUCUUCAAAAAAUAACGAAAAAUAAUCAUAAACGGUUAUUUGAUUUUUAAAUUUCCUUGAACUAAGGUAAUGAUCAAUAUAACAACAGGCUUAUAACAACAGUCCCAAAGACCUUGAUAAUUACAUUUUAAUUGAUUAGAUUUAUUGUAAUUUAGAUAAAUAUAGUUUUAAUAUAUUUUAAUUAUAUUUCAAUUACUGAAAGUCUAAAUAUUAUAGAAAAAGACAAGCACACCUUGAAAUGAAAUUAAAAUAAAAACAUUUUAUUCAAAAGAAAUAUUUUUAUAAAAAGUAAAAAGGUAUUCUAAUGAUCUUUUUCUAUUUUGUAAUACAGAAUAUUGUGUUUGCUGUUAGGUUUCAAAUUAAUUUUGUUAAAAUCAAGUUUUUGUUCAUUGAAUUAUUUUUUUGUAGUGUAAUUUAGUUAAUAAAAUUGUUUUAAUGAUAUUCAUUAACAAUCUACCUUGGAAAAAUUUCAUGAUUGAUGUUUAGAUAUUUAUUCUUUUGUUCAUAUUGAGCUUUUUCUCUCAUUGAUAAUUUAUUGAAAUAUACGUAUAUUGAUUUUGUGUAUAGAUAAUAUAAUAUUUACAAAAAUUGUUUGAAAAUGUUAAAAUAUUGUGUCAUUUUCAAUACUGGUUUUUAUAUACAAAUUAAUUUUUUUUAAUCAUUUAUGCUUGUAUAUUGUAUUGGUCAGACUUUUGAACUUAAAAUUCGAGAAUUCUCUAUAUUAUUAUUUUAAACUCAGUAAACAUACUUCUAUUUUCAGAAAAUGUUUAAAUAUUAUCAUGUUGAUAUUUUUAUUUAAUUUUAUAAAAAAUUCUUUUAUUUUAAAAUAUAAUUAUUUCUAUCCUAAUGUGCAAUACUGGUUUUUAUUAUUUAUACUUGUAUAUAUUGUAAUUGGUCAGACUUUUGAACUUAUUCUCUAUAUUAUUAUUUUAAACUCAGUAAACAUACUUCUAUUUUCAGAAAAUGUUUAAAUAUCUACAUGUUGAUAUUUUUAUUUAAUUUUAUAAAUAAUUCUUUUGUUAUUUUAAAAAAUAGUUAUUUCUAUCUUAAUGUGCAAUACAGAAUAUUUUAUUAUAUCCGUUAAGAAAAAAUUUUCACUUUUGUAUUUCAGAUUGUAAGUCAUUGUUAAUUUUUAAUACAAAGAAUUUUUACUCAAAUAAAUUUUUCAUAAAGUGUAAUUUUAAUUGUUUUCUUUUAUUGUCUAGCUCUUCUUGGUGUAUAUUUCAACUGCUUGCCUUAUAUUCAAAAAGUUAUACAGUAUAGUGUAUCUUUAAGAUCUGAAACUUUACAGGUCAUGUAUUUAUUUUUAUUUUCAUGUUUACUUAAUAAAUUUAAAUGUUACGCAAAAAUAUAUGCAUAAACACAUUUUAUAUUGAGCCUAGAGAGCUCUGAUGAAAAGAAAAAAAAUAUCUCCUGGAAUAAUGUUUGUUCCAAUGAUCAGAUUUUCAUGUACUAAGUGCUAAUUUCAUUGGUUCAAGAAGCUGUUUUUAAAUAGGCUAAUAAAAUAUAAAUUGAAUUACAAGAUCAGAGAGAAAAUGUACCUUCUAUAAAUAAAAUUAUUUUUUAUCUA